AUGAACCUGUGCCGUACGCCUAGCUACUACAUUGUACUACUAGUACUCAGUAUCCUACAAUAGUAGUGCUAGUUUCCACUUUCUUUCGCAAGUCCAUGCUUUUCUGCAUCUUCUCCUCGCUGUGAUUGGGGUAGAUCUCGCCUACGCUAUGCACGGUCGGUGUAGAUUUUGAACCGUAAAAAUAAUAAGAGAUCAAUUUUCACCACAAUCCAUACAGACUUUACAGAACUGCUUCGUUGAAGAUCGACAGUUUAGAAACGGAGGUUUGCCCACCACGGGUACUACAAGGUAGACACGUCGCAGAAACAAGCUCAGGGACAGGCCGGUAAAGCAGCGGCACUCUAGCUGUCAUCGAGUCAGCAAGAAGUGUUUGUACUUGUAGCGAGCAUUUCGCUCCUGUAGAAAAUAUUUUUCUGGCCCUUCCUCGGAUCUAGAUCUAUCUGGCAGCAUGUCUAGUGGAUCAGGCAGAGAUGCUGGGCGCAAGACGCCUGGAUCGUCUAAGUCCAAGUCUAGUAGCAGUAAGUCAUCCAGCAGCAAGCCAGCCGGUCGCGGAUUCGUCGCACGACAAGCUGCCGCCGACUCCAAUGUCAACCAGCUAGCUAUUGUUGGCGAAGCCAGCGCCAAGGAGCGGGUGCUUCGCGAGAAAGCGCACGCCGUCGGCACAAUAUGUAUCGAUGAUGUGCUCCAACUGGACCGCGCAACAAGCGACUUUCUGAUGAACCCAGCAAAGAGCGCACCAAUUCGCUUCAGACGGUUGAAGGUGACGAUAGGUGAGUCGGAUGGAGAGGUGCUGUUUGACCAGUGCCUGGUAGAGGAUGAUAGUAGCGAGAUGGGCGAAUCAGUAGACGAGGCCGGCUCGGAUCUGGGCGGUGAUGAUGAAGUCAGUGCGGCAAGUGAAGUAGUGUACAUUCUGCCAGCCAGCUCCCUGGGUGCCAUGUGUACUGCAUACACCGAGUUCAAAGCCACUGAGGAGAUACAAGAUUUCUACAUGAUCGAGCGCUUCUUCUAUGAGGACGUAAUGCUGAAGGACCUACGCUUCUCGUUUGGAUUCUGCAUACCUGGAAGCAUCAACACGGCGUCCAUCACGUAUGACACACCAGAAAUCAGCGACGAUCUCAGGCAGAAGAUCAUUGCGAAUCCAAAGAGAGUGCGUGCCGACAGCUUCUACUUCAGGGACGGCGUGCUGUUCAUGCACUAUAAAUCAAACUAUACAUACGUUAACAUGGCAUAAGUAACUGCAAGUAUUAGUUGCUACACUGACUAUGUCUGGGAGUUGACAGGGAUUCAUGCGGCCAGCACGCACUGGGCACUCGGCCUGGAGCUACUAGCUGCUAGCUCACUGCAUGAUAACUUGGUGAUAGUGAACAGCAUGGGUGGCACAAACCCAGAGUGCGCUCCGCAGUGGCACAUCAGUAACUUCUAAGCUGCAGUAGCUCUCGAUCGGCGGCGGCAUGCUUGCCUGCGCGGCUUCUCCUCCUGACCUUGUAGCUACACAUAUUAUCGUUGGUGCUGGCUCAAUGCACUCCGCCCCGCGAGAGAAUGUCAACAACCUCACCUGCUGCCUGCCAGACAUCAGACCUUAUACGCGUUGAAUCCAUACAAAUACGUCAAUGCUUUCGAAACGUCCAACACACACACACACACACACACACACACACACACACACACACACACACACACACAUGCGCACCCAGUAGCACUCCAUGAAGUCUGAUCUCGUUUAUAGAUAAGCUGGUAGGAUGCUAACCAAUAACACACUGCGACUGCUGACCCCCUGUGCUGGAGCAGCGCACUCAGCCACCGUAUUCAUUACAGAUCUGAAUUCAUCUAGCACCACUAUCCAGCACUCGUGGUUCACUUCGUAGCUACAUUGUACAAAACCGGUACUGGUUUCCUAAAGGACUAUUCAUUCAGCAUACUGCAUAUUUUAUCUCUAUUUCUUUGGAAAGCUGUUUAAAACUUGAGUUAUCUUUAAAAAACGGUAUAUAUUUAUAAUAUUUGUACAAGUAGCUACACGCACACAUGAUUGUGAUCUUUGGCGUUGGCUCCAUGCGCUGCGGCCCGUGUGAGAAUGUCGCAUGUCGGCAACAUCAGCCGCUGGUACAUUGUAUUUGUGUGUCUGUCCCCCGUCCUUGGUCUGUUUACUUUCAUUCAGUAUUGGACUCCUUCUACUCGUAUUGUUUCAACUAA